AUGAGACCCCGAAGUACUCUAGGCAUCACUAUCGCGCUCGUCGCCUUGGUCAUCGGUAGACUAAUCGACAGUCCCGUGAUUACCAGAACUUUCGGUGUCGACUCCUCGGACGCUCCUCCCCAGUUCAGCCCUCCAAAGUUCAAUGCUCCGGAAUUUGCUCCUCCUGCUCUCGCUCCCCGUGUCGAUGGCGGCGACUUCAAUCCAGGCAACUGGGCCGAUGACACUAAAUGGCAAAAGUACCUGGACAAGGGACAUCACUUGACGCGUCUCAUGGACGCCACCGACAGAGGCGCCGGGUGGCUCUCGAAAGAUACAAGACAACCGCCUUCCGCAGCGAGCAAAUGGACCGGCGAGCUCAGAGCUGAGAUUCCAUUGUGGUACUGGCACGAAGCGGAUGUUGACACGGGCUGGGAUGGCGAUUUCGAAGCCAAGGGGCUCAAAACGGCGUUUGAAGGCCACGGUCUCAACUCGCAACCGAAGUUUGACGACGAAGGCGAGCGGCUGGGUGGGGACAUUGAAUGCUUCAAGAUUACACACUAUGACGAAGAACGGGAACCGGACCCACGCCCCCAAUUUGGGGGUAUGAUGGCUUGCAAAGACCAGGAUUAUUACGUUGCGGGCAAAAAAUACUUGUCAACUUGCGGUUACUAUGAGUUCACUGUCAACAUUGGCGCAAACGGUGGAGGCAUCAUGGCAACGAACAUCGAGAGUCCGGGCCAUGCUGUUCUUGGUAACAUGGGAUGGGGUCGGCCAGCAAACCCCGGAGAGCUGCCCGAACUUCCCUCACCCAUCGGCGCGACUGCAGCAUACUUUUUGGCGACCCACAAAGCCGAACUCGGUAUCAAACGCAUCUCCAAAGUAACGGUUGUGACCAAUGAGAAGUCUCCCAGUAGGAAUCGGAGGCUCAUGUUCGAUAUGCACAUCUACUUCGCUGUUGAAGACGUCCCACCAGACGAUGUGACGAAGCCUGGCGGAGACGACUCUGCCGUCAAGAGAGAGACAGGACGGAUCGACUCUAAGCUCAUUAGCGUUAGGGACAACGGGACAAAUCUGGUUCGCUUGCAUAGCAUGAUGGCCUAG